AUGGCAACAGGCAUUUCAAAGCUGAUGAUGGACAAUUUCAGAGCAAAGGCAGAGGACGAGAUCAACAUUUUGACAAAUCCAAGGCUGCUUAAAGACAAAGAAAAGGAACCACAAUCAAAUUUUGCUGAAAAGAAGGAAGUGGAAACUUUGUUAAUGGCUGUUCAAGCUAAUCAGGAACCUGAAUCUGAUGUUUGGUAUGUGGAUACGGGCUGCAGUAACCACAUGUGUGGAAUAUGUUUUGGUGAUUGUUCCACUGUGAAGGUGAUGGGAAAGGGUGAUAUAGAGAUAAGAACCAAGAAUGGUUUUGUAGAAACAAUUUCUAAUGUCUUUUAUGUUCUUGACUUGAAAAGCAAUUUGUUAAGUGCUGGUCAAUUGCAAGAAAAGGAUUUAAUUUCAGGGAUUCCAACUGCCUCCUCUAAACCGCCUAUGUCUGCAUAUGAUUCUAGUGGAGCCUUCUCAACCUUCAUCACAGACACAAUUGGAUCAACUUAA